AUGGCUGGGGAAAGGCUUCAAACACGAGACAAGGGUUGGAUGGGAACACUGGACAUACCUAUGCCUCCUCCUAGCCUUUACUGUGAUUUAUUGUUGGUUGAGAAAGAAAGUGGGAUACUUGAAAGAUUAUUGGAGAAUGUCCAAAUGUUAAGAUCCCACUAA